AUGCCGGGCUUUUACAUGCAAUAUCUUGAGAGCCUCUGCGAGCGGCGCGGGUGGGAACAACCCACAUAUGAAUGCUACCGGGAGCCUGGUGGCUACACGUGCCUGGUCUUGGUCAAUGAGCGUGAAUAUCAGACCGACGUAGCAUUCGAAUCGGAUGAACUGGCGCGCGAGAAUGCGGCCAUGCGCGCUUUUAUGGUGUGUAGGAACUUCGAGGUCAAUGGUGGAAUGCUCGCGAGGAAUGGGAUCGUUCAGGGGCUACCGACAAACCGGUUCAAUCGCAAAGACAGGAAGAGCAGCACACGCCACAUGUCAACGGCGUCUACAGAUCCUCACUCGUCGCACUCUGACGGUCGCCGGAGCCAGCGUUCUGGUCAAGACGACCCCGACGACAGUGGUAGUGAGGGGUCUACUACCAUUCCGUCUUCUUCCGGUGCUUUCUCAACCGAUAUUAUUAGCUCUAGUUCCUCGGUGAAUUCGUCUCAAAACGACCAUGACUUAGACAUGUCAACGUCAUAUGACGAACUAAAAAAGUCUACAACACGUCCAAAAGUAGCUCUGAUGAACCAUCCAGGAAUUUCGACGAAGCCUGUCAGCUCUCGUGAGGCGGCAGAGGCUUAUCGAAAGUCGCUUGAGGAGUACGGCCAAACAUCAGCUUCGCCAUACGAUCUUACCCGGGCUCUUGAGGCACACAAUUACAAUAAAACGCAGUGGCUCCUAGAGAAGUUUUUCGACCAAGUUGCUGUUCAAGAGUAUUCAUGGUUGGCCGAGCUUGUGCAGCUGGGUUUCUCGCCUCUGGAGAUCACGGAUGAGCUAUUAGAAAAAGCGAUUCACGGGUCAUGGAUACAUGAACCAUUCGAUCACCCCCAAUCAAAGCCGUUCGUCCCCGAUUUUCACCAAAAUGGUUGUGUUCAUGUUGAGCCCUUAAACAGAAGUUUACCUUACAUUGGGAGUUCAGUCGACUUUGUCGAUUCUGCAUGUGACCCGAACGGCAGGGACUUUAUUAUCAGCGACCCAGGGGACGGCGUGCAAGACAAAACAACCCUUGAUUCUGGCUCACAAGGAGCUCUUGAUCACAUGGAAAACCCAUCGACGUCUGAAUUGGAGAGGAGAGGAUUGUCUUUAACUGCGCGGCAACGUAUAGAAUAUCUUUGCGGUCUGGGUGGUGUCCGGCCAGCGGCGGACGGAAGUACGAAUAUCGAACUGGGCUCCGUAUCCUUCGACAAGAGCAAUUCGAUGGCAUCCAUCACGCUCAAUGGGCUAGAAGACAACAACGCUGUACUUGAAGUCCUCAAAGGUCUUGAUAUGGCCGCCGGCGAGCUCCAGCGACUUGGUGGCUGCUGCAACUUAUUUACAAUCCUACUUGAUUCCGGCCCCGGGGACUACGUUAAGCUACGCCAGGUACCGUUCGCAACUAUCGGAAAACUCAGAGAGCUGGUGCUGAAUCCUGACAUAAGCUCUAACUUCCUGCGUGGCGACGAUUUCAUUUUUGACCUGCUUGGCGAGGCUGCUUUCAUGCGUGGCUACACACACGACGUUGAAUUUCUACCAGGAACACAUUGGCCAGUUCUCGCCUUUGGCUGGCUUCCAAGACCCGCCGUGGAUAGAAAACUAGAUAUACCACUUACACCAGGCAAGGACAUGCUCGCAAGUCCAGUCGACGUACUGGACACAUGGGGUCCGGGAUAUAUGGUCGCCUCAGCAAAUGACUCAAAUGUUCUGCACUCUGUCUUUGUCGGCGGCGGCACCAUCACCUCCACCGGUACAUCACCUAAUUCUUCAACAACGUCACAGCUGCAUUGGAGCAGAGAUGUCGUCAGCGGCUCAACAACAACAAGCACAUUCCUCCGGAAUGCAAAGGGUUUGAUUGGAACAACAAUUGUCGAGAACACCGCAUGUCAGUCUGCAGCUGCUCGCCUGAGAGACUCUCUUCCCAUGCUGGAGGAGAUUGGCACUUUUCCCACCUACUGGGAGCUCAUGGAAAGACAACUUGGAAUCGGGGUACAAGGUGGCCAAGCGGCUGUGGCCAUAUUGCAGUUCAACCAGACUUGGGUCAAGAUGAUGGGAGCCACGAAGAAGUCAGUCAUGCUUUCUCAGCGUGUAAUCUACAUAAGCGACCUGGAGAACAUGUUUGGCGUGCAAGUCAGCAUAUGCACCGGCAUUGCUCGGCGUGUUCGCCUCCGCGACCUGUUAGCUGACCUCCUUCCGGCCUACGUAUCUGGGCUGGUCGUCGAGCCGCUGCUUUGGAAAGACUUGGUUGGCAAGUUCAACGUUCUCGGGGCGCUCCGAGAAUCUGACUUCAAGAAAUGGCUCGAUAGUCUCGACCGAGCCUGUCGUGUUGAGUUCGAGGGGCUUGUCUUUGCAGUGCUUUACCUCUUGAGGGACACCGGGAUUGACCGCCAAGGCGACCAAUUCGUCGUCGCGUGCGUGCAGAAUAACCUCCCAUUUCAGUGUUUCAAAAUCCCUUGCAAGAACGAAAACUACUGGGCUCGGAUGCUCAUCGACUCGGAGGACAAUGCAACAUUCGCUUACGUCACAACGCAGUGUCUGGAGACUGCGGGUCUCAAGUGCUGCAGGCCCUCACCAUCGUGGUCCAACUCGACGGCGCUGUUGGGAACCGCUGUGUCGCAAGACAGGGUUGCCGCUGCUUACGCCCUCGCUGCCGCACCCGGCCUCAGUCAAUGGACUUUGAAGGAGAAUGAGUCGUACUUGAUAGGCCGGCCUGACAAAGUGUUGGAACACCUCGACCGCAAUCAUAGACUGCCCAUAAGCUAUCUCCGUUGCUACGCUGCCUUUGAGUCGGAAAGAGACCGCGACUCAUAUGAGAUCGUCCGAGCAGGCCGCCCCAGAGGCUACAAUUCGAUAACCGAGGCGCAAAAGUGGCGUCACGUCUACCUAAUUCUGUUUCCGGACACUGUGGAUCAACAUGUUUCGAGUCCUUGUUACGAGUUGAAGAUGGCGAACGAACAGGAACCUGCUCAAAAUUUGCUGACAGACUAUGAGAGGUUUCUGCAACGCGAACUGCCGCCUCGAGUCCGUGGGCAGCUCGAGCGGAGGAUCGAAGCGGAGCUCGUCCCAAUAGAGGACAGGCUGAGGGUCCAGAUUGUCGAAACAGUGCGUGACACACAGGUAGAACUAUUUCGAUUGUUCAAGUUCUCAGCACAGAAUCGAGCUACCCCACUGGUGACCUCGCAUCACGACGCGGUAUCACACACGGACCUCGGCCAACCUCCUCAGCAGGACCGUGAGAGUGGAUCAGGUUGGGAGUACUCGGUCGAGGAUUCUGUUCCAUUAGACGGAUGGUCCCUUGAGAACCAAGUUGAGUCGUUGAGACCUGACCCAUUACUCGAAUGGGAAAGUUUCCCAGGUUUUGAUGGACAGUUCUACGACUUGGGACAAAUUGUCAAUGGCGCAGAAAUGUUCGCUAAUUCGGAAAACGGGGUGAAUCCUGCAACAGAUGAUUUCACGGGAAAUGCAGGUGGUUCGGGAUAA